AUGUUCUCACUUGUGUCUGUGUUCGUCCUGGGCGUGGCUGCUGCCGCUGCCAUCGAGCUGAGCCCCAUCUACUCUUCACCAACGGCGCACUUGGUGAAGCCACUGCUGAAGACCGUCGAGGUGGAGGCGCCUGCCCAUUACGACUUCUCCUACUCCGUGCGUGACGACCACACCGGCGACAUCAAGAGCCAGACGGAGUCUCGCAAGGGUGAUCAGGUCCAGGGACAGUACUCGCUGAUCGAUGCCGAUGGCUACCAGCGCAUCGUGGAUUAUACAUCGGAUGCCCACAACGGCUUCAAUGCCGUCGUUCGCCGUGAGCCUCUGGGCCAGAAGAUCAUUAAGGCUGCGCCCAUUGCCAAGAUUGUGUCCCCCUUGCCAUUGGCCUAUGCGCAACCCAAGCUGUUGGCUGCCCCCAAGCUGUCCCUGGGCCUGUACCAAUAGGAUCGAGUCAAAGCGAUAGAGCUAGAGCGAGAGAGAGAGAAUUCCAAACACUGAUUUCAUUGCAUUGACGACCCAUCUCAAACUGAACACUCAACUCAACUGAAAGCCACUAUAACUAUAACUGUAAUUGUAACAUUUCUAGCCACUAUUUUCAAUACUUUCCAUUGCUCACAUUCACACGCACUUAUGUACGC